AUGACUGUUGCGCAGGCCCCCGGGCAGCUGACCUUUGCGCAGGGAUUCGUCGUGGGCCAACUGGUCCUGCUGGUCGCCCUCGUCUUUCUGUUCCGCUACUUUUUCGUGGCUGAUGUGCCUGCGUCACUCGCGCAGCAGCGUGCGGACCUGCUGGCCCGCACGCGCUCGCUGCAAAGCUCGCUGGAUGCCCGCUCGAAGCGCAAGGACGUGAGUCGUGUGCCGUACGAGCAGGCGUUCGAGGCGCGCAUGGCGGAUAUUCUGCAGCGGACGCAGUACGAUCUUGCGGCGCACCGCCCCGAGUCGCUCGACUGGCUGAACUUGAUUGUGGCUCAGGCCAUGUUUGGCUACCGGGAGAGUGUUCUGUAUGCGUCGCGCGGCGUGCCUGACCGCGACACGGACCUGCCUCUUCCGUCGCUGGAGACGAGCGAGAAGGCGGCCGCCAAGCGCUUUGUCGAGCGCCUGCUCAACGGCGCGGCCGCCGGGCGCACGAUGAAUGUGCUGGACACGAUCACCGUCACCGACAUCGACUUUGGGUGUGCAUACCCCGCCUUUACCAAUGCGCGUUUCCGGCCGUCGGAGCGCGCGCACGGCCUGCGUCUCGAGGUGGACUUUAACUAUGUCGACACCAUCAGCCUCGGGCUGGAUACCAAGCUCCUGCUCAACUUCCCCCAGUUCCGCUUCGGCUCGUUGGCCCUCGCGAUGUGCUUCCGGAUCGAGCGCCUCGCCGGCACGAUCGGCAUCGAGAUCACGCCGCGCGAAGGCGAGUCGGCCGCGCAAGAGAUCCGCGUGUCGCUCGCGCCCGACUUUGUGCUCGAGGCGCACAUUGCGAGCGUGAUGGGCUCCAAGAAGAAGCUGCAAGAUGUGCCCAAAGUCGAGGAACUACUACUUACACGCACGCGCGCCGCGAUCCAGCAGCGGCUGGUCUGGCCGAACUACUGGAGCAUUCCCCUGCCGGUGCUCGAGCGCGAGGCGCACUAG